AUGACAGGGGACAAAGAUAUCAGCACCGACGAAGAAGUCGCCAAUGACUCUGUCACCACCAAGCACCCAGUAAAAUGGUAUCGCUCGACCUUCUACAAUGCCCUCAUCCUGGGAAUGUGCAACUUCCUCGCCCCCGGCAUUUGGGGCGCCAUGAACUCUCUCGGUGGCGGCGGUGCAUCGAAGCCCUAUCUUGUCAACACCGCGAAUGCACUUACCUUCUGCCUCAUGGUGUUGUCGUGCUUUUUCGGCAGUGUCCUUGUCAAGUUCAUCGGCAUCAAAUGGACUCUUAUUGUCGGGACAAUGGGCUACGCGCCAUACGCAGCCGGGAUCUACACCCAGGUGCGGUAUGACAGCGACUGGCUGACUCUCUUUGGGGCUGCGUUGUGCGGUCUCUCAGCCGGAGUUUUCUGGAUGGCAGAGUCUGCAAUUGCUCUCGCAUACCCAGAACCACACAAUCAAGGCAAAUUCCUAGGCUUCUGGCUCAGUUUCCGCGUCCUCGGCCAGAUCGUCGGCGGUGCAAUCAAUAUCGGCGUGAACAUCGAUCGAUCAACCGCAGGUAGCGUCUCAUACGUGGUCUACUACAUCUUCAUCACCCUCCAAGCCCUAGGUGCAUUCUGCGGAUUACUCCUGACAAGCCCAGGGAAGGUGCAGAGAACCGACGGAAUCCCGGUGAAACUUCACAUUGCCAACGACGUCUGGUUCGAGAUCAAAGCCAUGUCCAAGCUGCUGGUCAGCAAGAACUUUCUCCUGAUUACGCCGCUGAUCUGGCAAGCGACGUUUAGCGAGGCCGUGAUGUUCACGUAUAACUCGCUGUGGUUCUCGGUGCGGGCGCGCGCGCUGGGCUCGUUCGUUUCUGGGAUUAUGGCUAUUAUAUCGGGGAAUUUGCUCGGUGCGUUUCUGGAUAGUAAAGUCUCGCUGAAGAUGCGCAGUCGUGCGGGAUUUGCUAUUGUGCUUGGACUGCAGGGUGCGUGGUGGUUGUGGGGGACUAUUGUUGUUACGGACUUUAAUAAGAAACAGCCAACGUUCGACUGGGUUGAUCCUGGGUUCGGGAGGGGGUUUCCUCUUUAUUUGUUCUGGGUUGUUGGGUUUCAGCUGAACUAUAUGUUUUUGUACUUUGUUGUUGGCAAUCUGGCUACGAACGAGGAAGAGGUUGUGCGCAUCGCAGGGCUGUUGAGAGGGAUGGAGUCUGCAUCCCAGGCUGUGUCGUAUGGCUUGAGCAGUGUCUCUGUUAUGGCGUCUGUUGGGAGUAUAUACUUGAACUUUGGCCUGUGGGCGAUUGCCCUAUUCCCUGCCUGGUUGGUUAUCAAGGAGAUAGGGGUAUCACUCGGCGACAAGAAGGUAGAGAGGGAGGCACAGAAUGUGCAAUAA